AUGGCAGCUCUGAUUGCAGAGAACUUCCGCUUCCUGUCACUGUUCUUCAAGAGCAAGGAUGUGAUGAUUUUUAAUGGGCUGGUAGCACUGGGGACAGUGGGCAGCCAGGAGCUAUUCAGCGUGGUGGCCUUCCAUUGCCCCUGCUCACCAGCCCGCAACUACUUGUAUGGGCUGGCAGCCAUCGGUGUGCCCGCCCUGGCUCUGUUCCUCGUCGGCGUCAUCCUCAACAACCACACUUGGAACCUAGUUGCUGAGUGCCAGCACCGGAGGGCCAAGAACUGCUCAGCUGCCCCCAUCUUCUUGCUCCUGAGCUCCAUCCUAGGCCGCGCUGCCGUGGCCCCCGUUACUUGGUCUGUCAUCUCCCUGCUGCGUGGGGAGGCUUACGUCUGUGCCCUCAGCGAGUUUGUGGACCCCUCCUCACUCACAGCCGAGGAAGAGGGCUUUCCACCAGCCCAUGCUACAGAAAUCCUGGCCAGAUUCCCUUGCGGGGAGAGCCCUGCCAACCUGUCACGUUUCCGAGAAGAGGUCAGCCGCAGGCUCAGGUAUGAGUCCCAGCUCUUUGGGUGGCUGCUCAUCGGCCUGGUGGCCAUCCUGGUGUUCCUGACCAAGUGCUUCAAGCAGUACUGCUCACCACUCAGCUACCGCCAGGAAGCCUACUGGGCGCGAUACCGCGCCAACGAGGACCAGCUGUUCCAGCGCACAGCUGAGAUGCACUCGCGAGUGCUUGCUGCCAACAACGUGCGCCGUUUCUUCGGUUUUGUGGCACUCAACAAGGAUGAUGAGGAGCUGGUUGCUAAGUUCCCAGUGGAAGGCACACAGCCGCGGCCACAGUGGAACGCCAUCACAGGCAUCUACUUAUACCGGGAGAACCAGGGGCUCCCACUCUAUAGCCGCCUGCACAAGUGGGCCCAGGGCCUGGCAGGCAAUGGCACAGCCCCUGACAACAUUGAGAUGGGCCUGCUCACCUCCUAA